AUGUUGUUCUUACAAUCAAUCAUUAUUAUGAUGGUACAGUUAAGCCAUUUUGCGUUUGCUGAUAUCUCUAUCGUUGAACCAGAAUCUGGUACUUCAUAUUCUCCAAAGAGUGGUGAGGUCACCAUUCCUAUUCAAUUUUCAGAGAAUACUGAUUAUCCUGAAAUUAAUGAUAUCUCAUUAUUUAAGAUUAAACUUUGUACAGGUUCAAACACUGCUAUGAAUUGUCCAUAUUCUGUGACAGAGAAAUUAAGUCCCGCUGCAUUAAACAAAACUGUUAGUACUGAUGAUGAUACCACAAUCAUAUAUAGUUAUAAUGCAACAUUUUCAAGUUCAGUUGUUGGUUCAGGUCAAUUUUUCUUUCAAAUUAAUGGAUUAGUUGAUAGUAAUAAUUAUGUUAUUCAUUAUAGUCCCAGAUUUAUUUUAAAAAAUAUGGCAGGUGCCGUUGGUACAAAUACUUAUACUGGUACUGCUCCACCUGAUGCACUAUAUAUUUUACCAACUAAUGGUGGUGGUACCUCUAUUGAUUCUAGAUCGUUUACAGUUCCAUAUACUUUACAAACUGGUAUCAGUAGAUUUGCUCCAAUGCAAAUGCAACCAAAUAGUACUGUGACGAAAACUGCCUGGACAACUAAGUUUCCAACUAGCGCAGUCACAUAUUAUACCAGUGCCAGAAACACUUUACAACAAAAGACUACCAUUACACCUGGUUGGUCCUAUACAUUCACUAGUGACUAUAAUUAUGCUACUGUAGCUGCAUGUCCUUCUGAUAAUGGUGGUUGGUAUGCACCAUCAAAGAGACAAACUUUAUCAGUGAGAAAAAUGAAUUAA